AGGUAUGAAAUCAUCUUCUAAUAAAAUCUGUUGAUCUUAAUAGCGGAACCAGAAAUCUAAUACUGCUUGUGUCCUGGCUAAUUCAAAAUUUAAUAAAGUAAAAAACAUGAACAAAAGAAAAGAAUUCACUAAUAAUGGAAAAAAUAAAAAUAAAACAUUUAUUUUUAUGUUAUUUGUAUCGUCCCCUCACUCCUAAAAGCUGGUUGCAGGGGUUGGUUUCCACACUUGGCUUCCUUCUUCUAAAAUGGAGGAUUUGCAAGGAGUACUAUCGCAACGAGGUUUAACAGUUUCAACUCUCCCCGACAAAGGCCGCUGCCUCUUCUCCAUCAGAAACUUCUCUCCAGGAGAGGUGAUUUUAAAUGAAGAACCUUUUGUCUCUGUACCGAGCAGAGCUUCUGUCGACUCAAGAUGUGAGUGGUGUUUCUCAACAAGUAACCUUAAAAGGUGCUCAGCUUGUCAAGUUGUUUUGUACUGUGGGAGCACAUGUCAGAUUAUUCCAACUACUGCAACUGACAACUACAAUCUGGUGGAAGCUUUAGUAUCUCAUAUUUCUGAGAUCGAUGAGAAGCAGUUGGUGUUGUACGCACAGAUGGCUAACCUUGUGAACUUGAUACUUGAGCUGCCUGGCAUCGGUAUAAAAGAGAUUGCAGAAAAUUUUUCCAAGCUUGCAUGCAAUGCCCAUACCAUUUGUGACAGUGAACUGAGGCCCCUCGGAACAGGACUGUAUCCUGUUAUUUCAAUCAUUAAUCACAGUUGCUUGCCAAAUGCUGUCCUGGUGUUCGAGGGAAGGCUUGCAGUAGUUCGUGCUGUGCAACAUAUUCCCAAAGGAACUGAGGUAUCAAUAAGCUACAUAGAAACAGCUGGAAGCACUAUGACUCGGCAGAAGGCUCUAAAAGAACAGUACUUUUUCUCUUGCUCAUGUCCUCGCUGUGCAAAAUUGGGCCAGUGUGAUGAUAUUCAAGAAAGUGCAAUUUUGGAAGGUUACAGAUGCAAGGAUGCUGAAUGCAGUGGUUUUUUGAUUCGUGAUUCUGGUGAUAAAGGAUUCAUAUGCCAACACUGCGGACUUGUUAGGGGCAAAGAAGAAAUAAAGAAGAUAGCUUCUGAAGCAAAGUUGUUGUCAGAAAAAGCUUCCAAAUUGCCUUCCUCUGGGUAUAACACAGAAGCCUAUGUUACAUACAAGAUGAUCGAGGAACUACAAUUGAAGCUGUGCCAUCCAUUUUCAAUUGAUCUGAUGCGAACUCGGGAAACCCUUUUGAAGAUGUUGAUGGAGCUGCAAGAUUGGAAGGAAGCUCUUGCAUAUUGCAGAUCAACUAUCCCAGUUUACCAGAGAGCUUAUCCAGGGUUCCAUCCUUUGCUUGGACUGCAAUACUAUACUUGUGGGAAACUUGAGUGGUUUGAAUUUGCUCUUUUCUUUGUUUAUUUCUGUCUUCUAAGAAUGGAUCUGUAUGUUUCUCCAUUUACCAAUAACGUCCUAAAAUUGUUUAGUAUGCCCACUAGAUCACAAUGCCCUAAUCUUUGGACAGACUUCGUUCCUUGUAAUAGAGAUUAUGAACAUAAUCAUGAAAAUCAUUUUUACUACCAUCUAAGAGUUAUACAUAUGAAACUAUAUCUACUAUGGAUAAAGAGACUACAUAAAGUGAAUCAUCGUUAGAAGAGUUCAGCCACGAAUGGAUAAAGGACUGCACAAAGUGUGUAUAUGCAGCUAUACUUCUGAUUCUACUGGUACUUAGAAUCAAGAUUGGGUAAAGUUUGGUUGUUAAACUACUGAAAUUGUCUUAGACCGGAUAAUACUCACAUAUAAUGGUUCAGUGACGUGUUUUACCACAAGAAUAAUCCUGAUAGAAGAUGAGUAGACUUACACGGGAAGUCAACCUAAAUGUUAUUCGAUAAGACUUCGACUCCCUUUGAAAUUUAAUUACUUGAGGUCUCAAGCAGGGCCAAAGUGCAAGUUCUGCGUUACAUACCCCAAUGUUGAAGACUCAGAUGAUAGCUAGUGUCCUGUAAGUUUACAAGCAUACACUAUAACUUGAAAUUCAACAACAAUAACAAAAUCCAUCUAGUCCCCAAUCAUUGGGGGUAUGGGCGGGGGAGGAUUGGAGCAGUGAAAAACUUGUGAAUUCAGACUAGCAUAGAUACCGGAAAAUAAUUAUUGAGGCUACAGUGCGAACUUCAGGACAAAACCUCUUUUCAUUUUAUUUCUUAAAUUUACGAAAGACUGAGAUUUUAGUUCCUACAGGUUACUUGGGGACACAGACAACGCAAUUAAGUCACUCUCCAAAGCAAUGGACAUAUUGCGGAUCACUCAUGGAAUGAAUACGGCUUUCAUGAAGGAACUCUCAAUCAAGUUGGAAGAAGCACAUGCUGAAGCUUCUUACAAGCUCUCAUCCAAGAACAACUCGUCUUAAAUUUGCUUCCGAUUUGAUUUAUGAGGAGAAAGUAAAGAAGCUGCAUUUGAGAUUGUCCAAAAACUUAUACAGAAUGAUGUGGCUGAGUUGUGGAUCCAUCACCUUAAGCUGCCAUGUCAUUACAAGAAUGUCACUGCCACACAUUAGAAGAUUAUGCAUAAAAAUUUUGGCCAGAGAUUUUUUCCCUUUGGAACUUGGUUGAGAUGGCCAUCUCCUGAUGGGCUCCUUCCGUCUAAGAGCAGAUAUUCGAUUUCCAAUUUUUUCACUCCUGAGUUUGUAGCAUACACAUUACUCGUAUUUUGCGUAGAGGUGGUUUGUAGACGUCUGGAAGACGACCUCUUGUAUA